AUGCGUGUGUGCAAGGCCCCCACCUCCACACACCCCCCACCUCGACACCCUGAUGAGGCAAAGCGGCCAGGCUCCCAGGAGGCCUUGACAGCCAGAGCCACCCAGGGCCUCCAGACCCCGUCCCUCCGCCAGGACCGUCCGGAGCGCUCCGUCCAGGGCGGGGCGAACGGCAGCGCUGCCCGCACCGGACUCGUGGCCCCCGCCCUGCGGCUCAGCCCUCAGGCUCUGCGAGCAGCACCCGAGCGACGCCGGGCGCGGGAGCCUGGCGCCCCGCGGGGAGGGUGCGCGUUCGCGGGUGCCGAGCGUGUGCGCCCAGGGCGCUCCCUGGAGAGAGAGGGCGCGGGCCCGGGCCGCAGGCCGUGCCCACGACCCCGGCCCGCCCCGACGACUCCGCCGCCCUCGCCCCCGCCCUGCGGCCGGAAGCCAGCCACUCACCCGGACGCCGGCGGCGACACAACGGCGCCCCGGGGCCGGCGGCCUCUCGGUGGUGGGGACUUCCGGUCCCGGCCCCUGUGCUCCGGGGGCGUCAUCGCGACGUGUCGUCUCCGCGGAGCUGCGCGUGUCGGCGCCGUGGCCGGAGCUCGGGGCGGGGGCGGGGGCCGGCCGGGGCCUCCCGAUCCUCGAACGCCGCCCCUUGGCAGGCGGGGGCUGAAGCUGAAGACGUCGGGGCGCGGGCGCGAGCUCCCCGCCCUGGGGAGCGCCCGGCCGACCGCCCCUGGGGCCACUGCCUGCAGCUGGCCGUGCGGCUCGUCCCGGGGCCGCGGAAGCCCCCGGAGGCAGCCCGCCCCGCGCGUGGGAGCGGGUGUCGCGUUGGGCCCCGCGGGGCGGGGGCGGGGGCGGCUCGGUCGGGAAGUCCCGCGCCCCCGGCCCCACCUGCGGGGGAGGCGCGCGACCCUUCGGACGGCUCCGCGGCCUGACAGCGGGGGGCGAGCGACGGGGCAGCGCGCGGAGGCCGGAGAGGGAAGGCCCCGCCGUGCGUCCGCGACAGCGCUUGGCGCGGCUCCGGGCGCGCGUGAAGCCUUCGUGGGGCGGGCGCGCCGGUCCCCGCUCGGACGGCUCGCGGCCCUCCUCCUCCAGGAGCGCUCCUCGGUUUCCCGCGUUUCUCGGCGGGUAAGGAGCGCAGGCCCGCGUGCGGCAUUCCCGUCCGAGCGAGGGUUCCUCCUGGCCGCGGGCCCGGAGACGCCGUCGAACGCGCGGGCGCUUAGCCUGCUGCCGGGUUGGCUUCUCGGUGACCGCUGGUCGCCGCGUCCAUGGGAGGGACGUUCCCCUGCAUCUUCCCCAGCCCUUAAUGUCCGGUUUCGGCCGGUCCGAGGGGCGAAGAGCAGUAUCCUGGUUUCUGUUACCAAAUCAGUGACGGGUCAUUUGCAAGCAUGUGGUUGCUGCUAAUGAAUUCAUGUGACAAGUAGUUUUGCCAAAUGUAUCCUCCCAGGCGAGCUCCGCAGUCUAGCCCUAGAACACCGUGGCCCUCCCCAGGCCGGUACCUGGGCUCCUCCCGACCCCUCCAGCUGCUGCAAAUCCAUUGCUCACGAGGCCAAACCUCCAUACUCAUCAGUUGUUGGAGGCCACGAUAAGGCUUGAGACGAGGACCAAACCAGGCCCUGACUUGUGUCUAAGUCCCUUUAAGUCCAAAUACCUUAACAAAGGGUUAAGGACAGGAAAGGUUGCGUAGCACAGAGAAAGGGUCUGUGCUACGUGUCGCGUGCUCGCCUAGGUGACUUCCCACACGCACUGCCUGGUUGAUUGUAUUAGUUGGUCCUUGUUCCUGUACCUCCCAUAAUCCACUCUCUGGUUGAUUGUAACUUCUUGUAUCAAUAGUAGCUAAUGGCAUGAGCCGUGGCUACCAGGCAUCACGAGAUUUGUUUGUAGCUAAUGUAAACCUGUUAGAGGAACUGCGCUUACUCCUUCCAUUGUGGUCUGCCUUAUAAAUGCGUGUAAGAUGUGGAAUAAAAUCAUCCUCACUGUCCCUCCU